AUGCACACUCCAGCGCUGAUGAACCGCGUGGCGAGCACCGCCAGCGCGCCACACACAGGCAUUCACGGCCCAACCCAUAGGUAUCCCGGGUUUACGCGCCCCGCAGUGCCGCGUCAAGCGGUGGCAGCCAAGGCGACCGAGGCCGAAACGGCGAACGGCGCCGCACCGCCGGUUCCUGCGCGCGGCUUCACCCGUAAGGACCUCCUGGACUACGUCUACGAGAACUCCCCGCACCAGAUCAGCAAGGCGGACUGCUCGGACAUCGUGGACCUGGUCUUUGAAGGCGUCAUCAACGCCGUCGUCCAGGGGGGGAGGAUCACGAUUCCUGGCUUCGGGACGUUUGCUGCGCGGGACCGGAAGGAGCGCCAGGGGCGGAAUCCGCGGACCGGGGAGCCGCUGACGAUCCCUGCGAAGCGCGUCGCGGCGUUCAAGGCUGGCGCGGCGUUCAGCGACGCCGUGGAGUCGGGCGAGGCCGCGGAGCUGCUGUAG